CUGACGUCACACUCCCACAAUGCUCGCGCCCCAUAACUCUGCUGCUGCAGCCUGAGGAGAGCGAGACACACUCAGGCCCCGAAAAAAGAAAAAUAAUUUUAAAAAUUUGGAAAAAAUAAUAAAACAACAGAUCGAGGAGAGAAAGACCGGGAAAGGUGAUGUGGGGGCUCCCACGUGACACCAUUUUGCACCAGAGCUCUUACAAUGGCAAGGACAGUGAAGAUGUACAGCAAAACCAUUCAUUCACCCCCAACUGCCACUGUUGGAACCGGGUGAGAAAGGGGAAUCCACACACCAGUUCUCACAAGAAAUUUCACACCUGCAGACACACAGAAGAUACAGACAGAAGCCUUGGCUGAAUCCUAUCCAGCUCCUGGCUGUGACCUGUACCCCACUCACUACUAUACCCAGCCACCACCCAAGCAGAGCCUGGAAGGCAGGGGAGGCACAGCCAUUUUUUCAUGGCUCCGGCACCCUAGGGCUGCCAUGGCAGCUGCUGCCGCCGAUGCCCCACGCCAGAUUACCGCACUGAGCCCGGAGGAAGAGGAACGACGAGCCGCCGCCAAGCUGUUCGGAGGCACGCCGCGAUCAGGGAGAGAGAGUGAGCCAGAGAGGGACAGAGAGAGGGAGUGGGAGAGGGAGAGACACAGAGAGAGGGAAAGGGAGAGUGCGGGAAGAGCCACCGGGAUCGUGUGUCCAGUGUGCGGGGUUCUCUUCAGCUCGCAGGACAAGCUCCGCCUCCACGCCUACUGCCAUACGGGAGAGAAGCCCUUCCGCUGUUCCCAGCCGCACUGCAUUAAGGCCUUUGUCUCCAAGUACAAGCUUUUCAGGCAUAUGGCCACACACUCCCCACAGAAGACCCACCAGUGCUCAUUCUGUGAGAAGAUGUUCCACCGCAAGGAUCACCUGAAAAACCACCUGCAGACCCACGACCCCAACAAAGAGGCCUUCAAGUGCGAAGAGUGCGGCAAGAACUACAACACCAAGCUGGGCUACAAGCGCCACAUGGCCAUGCACGCGGCCACCAGCGGCGACCUCACCUGCAAGGUGUGUCUGCAGAGCUACGAGAGCACGCCCGUGCUGCUGGAGCACCUCAAGAGCCACUCGGGAAAGUCCUCGGGCGGGGCCAAGGAGAAAAAGCACCCCUGCGACCACUGCGACCGCCGCUUCUACACGCGCAAGGACGUGCGACGCCACAUGGUGGUGCACACCGGCCGCAAGGACUUCCUGUGCCAGUACUGCGCCCAGCGCUUCGGCCGCAAGGACCACCUGACCCGGCAUGUGAAGAAGAGCCACUCGCAGGAGCUGCUGAAGAUCAAGACGGAGCCGCCGGACAUGUUGGGCCUGCUGGGUACCGGCUCUCCGCCCUGCCCUGUAAAAGAGGAGCUCAGCCCCAUGAUGUGUAUGGGCCCCUCCAAGGACUCCCUGAUGGGCAAGCCCUUCCCCGGUGCUUUCCCCAUGGGCAUGUACAACCCCCACCUGCAGGCUAUGUCCAACUCAGGGGUGUCCCACCACUCUCUGGUGUCUGGGUCGCUGUCUGCUGCCAUGGGAAUGGGCUGCCACAUGGAAUCCCCCUCCCCUCUCCACCAUCCCCACCCUCACCAUCACCACCACCACUCCCCCCCUCCCCUCCAGCAGCCUCAACAGCAGCAGCACCCCCAGCCACCACCCAAGUACCAGCUUGGAUCUACCUCAUAUCUACUGGAGAAGCCCCUGAAGGUGGAGAUGGAGAGCUUCCUGAUGGAUCUGCAAAGUGGCCUGCCAGUGCCACCCCCAGUGGAGCCCCAUGGCAACUCCCCGCCUAAGGAGGGGCUGGAGCACACUCAGGCCCUGCAGGAUGAUCUUUGUGGGGAGCACCUCUUGUCCAAGAGCCCGGCCGUCAUUGCCGAGUCUCUGUGUGCUGCUAACAUGGACUUCUCCCACCUGCUGGGUUUCCUGCCUCUCAACCUGCCCCCCUACAACCCCCCCAUGAGUGCCAGUGGCCUGGUGAUGGGUUACUCCUCCUCCUCAUCCUCAUCUUCCUCCCACGCAGCCGAGCCCCACGCAGCGCCUCUUACCUCUUUGCAACCGCAACCUCAGGAGCCCCAGGGCUCCAGUGGGGGCCUCAGCCUGGGGCCCCUGCACUCGCUCCCUCCAGUGUUCAGCACCAGUCUCAGCACGACCACCUUGCCUCGCUUCCACCAGGCGUUUCAGUGAGGGCCGCUCCCCACUCUGCCCUGCCACCCAGGGUCCAGGGGUCAAGGGUCAGGGGUCAAAACACUUGAACACUUAGAAGCCUUAAUUAAAGCGCACAAAAGCUUUUGAUUGAGCCCGGAGGAAGCUAAAACCCUUUAUUAAAAAAAAGAGACUAAGAAGCUUUUAUUUAGGCUUGCAUUCAAUACUUUAGCUGUUGUUUUUUUGUUAACCCCCCUUUCCCCAGCCCUACCCCUUUCUGUAGUUAGAGGCAGCAUCAAUGAGCCAGAAGGCAUGGUACUGCAGUCUAUAUAAAGUAAUAAUAUUGAUAAAAAAUUACAAAGAUUAAUUUAGAGAAGAUAAUCUGUGUUAUUAUUCAGAAAGACUAGCUUGAAGUGGAUUAUGAUAAUUUUGCUUUUCCAAAUGUGAGAUGUAACCAGCUACAUUGUCUCUCCUUUCUCCCUUGCCAGUAAGGUCUUGAAGUAAUUAUUCUUGAACGUAAACUGUCUUCACAGACAGGAGUGAAAAAUUAGUGGAGGAGUGAAGUAAUCACAUCAAGCCCAAAGGUCACACUUGAAAGGGAAGAGUCACCUCAGAGUAUCUCACAGAUGGAUAAGACUCAACCAUGCAUAAAAAGAGCAGUGCUUCUCUUUAUUAUUAGAAUCUAACAAUGUUUUUGUUUAAACCAAAUUAUAGAAACUAUUUUUAAAAAAGCAAACGCGUAUCUGUUGUUGUAAGACAAAUUUGCGGAAUGUUCAUAUAAUAGCAAGUAUUACUCUGAUGAGAUCUGAAAGAUUCACAAAGGAGCAAAAGAGUCCUUUUAAAUCCGACAUAUACAUAAAGAUGCCACAGUAGUAGUGUGAAGUGUCCAAGUCUCUGUUCUCUAAUCUGGUGUUUGGCUGACACAGAGAGAACGUUUUUUUGCCAUUUUUAUGAAGCUAUAUCAUUGCAAAACAUUGCAACACUGAACACAGUUUGGUCAGCGAAGUGAUUCAGCAUUGAAAAACACAUUUGCAGAAGUGCAAGUUGCAGAGAACGAAGGAGAGAUGGUAGAUUAUUUUAAAGAAAAGCUAUACAAAUGUCAGUUUCUCUGCUGUCAUUCUGUGUGAUACGACAGUCCAGGGAAAAUUACUUUUAGUGGGAGACAGAAUGAGGCUUUGUUAAGUGAAGCACUUUUACAGCAGAUGGCACUUCACCUGUUGGAGCUGGCUGAGCGACUCCAAAAACUUGUGGAAAUGUGGCUAGCCCUUCCCCUGUGGUUCUCCAGCCAAAACAAUCCAGCAACAAACAUGACCAAACCAAAUAAGCCACCAACCUUGUAAUAUGGCCAGCAGCCUUUUAAUAUGGAAACUAGUCCAGGAAACCGAAACAGGCCUAUAGCCCUAAUGAUCCCAUAAAGUGAUUUGGUUUUUAUCUUCUACACCAUCUUCCUUCUGGCACUAAUUUUUGAUGGGCCUUCACAAGACAGAGAGACAGCUUCUGCUCCAACCCGCUUUGUGUUAAAAAUCUUGAGAAGAAUCAAAUAUAUAUAUCUUAGGCAGUUUAUUUUUUCCUAGAAAUUCAUGGUAAUAAUAACCCUGACAUAUGUGAAUAGUAAACAAAAAUAACAAUGACAAUUAAAACUUGUAUAAGAAUAUUUUUGCAGUGUACAAAAUACAACAUCAAAAAUAUAUAUUAUAAUUGCUUUUAUUUCAGUAAAGUGUAAAGUAGGUAGAUAGAUUAUUAAAAACAAAUUGCUGAUGGUUUUUUUAUUGUCUGGCAGGUUUACAUUUGUGUGUAUCUUGCAUUUAAUUGAUCAAAACAUGGAUGAAGUAUUAGCUUUCUCUAUUAGCAUUAUUUUAUGUUCGUUUCCCUUUCAUGUAUGUGAGAAAAAAAUCAAGAACCUCAACUGUGGAUAGACAGAAGUAAAAUAUGGCAACAUACCAAAUUAGGAAGGGCUUAGUGUUUUACAUUUUACUCUGCCUCUAAAAGAGGGCAUAAUGGAAACACCCAUAUGUACAAAAAGCUGAUUAUGAAUUCUCUACUUUCUCACAACAUGGCGACCUCAGCAUUGUCAGAAUAUAUGUUUAGCCCUGUUAGCUUUGGAUAUAAUUUCACCUCUACUGGACAAGUUCUCAUGUGAAACAAAUUUAAAGUAAUUAUUCCCUCUUUCUUUGUUCUUUUUUUUUUUUUUAGCAAAAACCAACUUCACUAUGGAGAUGAAAAUCCAAAUGGCAGGAUUUUGACCGUUUUGAUGAGGGUCAGUUGAACCCUGUUAAUAUCCUCCACUGCUUUGCAGUCAGAACUGAAGCACCAUGAGAAGUGAGUUUUAACAGGGUUCCUUAAAAAAGAGAAGAAAAAACAAAACAAACCAUAGCAUGUCAUUGCUGACUCAUGUUGUGUGAAGAACAUUUAACGCAAAGGAACAUUUCAGUUUUCAUAUUUUGUUUUGAGUUAUAAACUGUAGUGCAUGGUGUCUUUUCAAACCAAACAAAACCGUUGCUAAGAGUAUGUGGACAGCUGUGCUUUCCUAGCUAGGCACAGUACUUGUGUACAGACCUCAAAUGCCCCACAAACACAAAGUGUUCAGUUAUCCUGAACCACAAAAUGUCUUCCACCAUCGCCAGUUCCAAACUGCUCUUCUGGCCACAGUAACUUGCUUCAGUUAGGGCAAUAACGUUUUGACACUACAAUACAAACCUCGGCUUUACCAUUCAAAGGCUUUUCCUGGUUGACAGUUUGAAUUGUCAAUGUUGGUUUAUUGCUUUCAAAAUAUUGUCUUUAGAAAAUGUAAAAAAGGAAGGAGAGGGAAAGUGCAAAAAGCUAUUUCCACAACAUGAGUCUGUUUGACUACAUUAUGUGUGUGAGCAACACAUCAGUGCAUCAUCACCUUCAAAAUGCUGAGACUAAAAACAGUAGACAAUUUGCCGAACCACUUCCCCCUUUGUGCCGUGAAAUGCAUGUAAUCUAUGAAAGAAGAGAAAUAAUUCACAAUACAUUAACAGUUCAGCUGCUGCUUCAAGCUAUGGUUCUUAGUAACUGUAGACCACUAUAAACUAUUUCAAACUGCUAGGUCUAAAGCAGACUGUGCACAGCAAUACUCUUUUACACCUUCAUUUCCUCUUCUCUGUAAUGUGUAUGGCUGCUUCUUAGAUUGAAAAUAGAAUAAAAAGGGUAUAGGCAUAGCAAAUGAUUACAAUAUCAAGAACAAAAUGCCAUCAGUGUGGUCUUUGACAUUCAAAGUAUGGGACACCCAGUUGGGAUAUUGCUUAUUAUUUUUGUUGUCAUAUGAAAUAUUUUUUUCUGUUAUUGAAACAGGACCUCGAAACAACACAACGCAUCACCUCAUUUUAUUUUUUCUUACCAAAAACCUGGGGAGAAGGAACUACAAUUUGCACAAUUGCUUAUUCAAAUAUUAUGAUAAACAUUUGAUAUUGAUACUGUACAUGUGAAAUUUGAGGUCACCAAGGGUAUUCUCCAGUGGUACAAAUCAUUGUCUUCCCUAUUCUCUUCAUAGUAUGUUACAGUUUGUGCUUGAAUCAGUCAGUUUAAAAUAAUUACCAAUGGUUUAUUUGUAAAUUAAAACCUGGGAAAUGGUUUUGACAGAGGGUUACAUUUAUAAAUCUUCUUUCAUCUGCUGUUUAGGGUCAUUUAGUCUCCUUUAAUAACUGAUCCAGCACCAGCUGACCCAAAUCUUUACUGCCAAUGAGUUUUGUAUCUGUUAAAUGCUGAAAUUUAAUGUAAUGAUGCUAUUGCUCUUCACAGGGCAUAUGCAUGUAUGCACAUCUGACAAAGCAAUUUCCCUUAAUUUAAUCUUCAAAUAAUUCCCGAAACCACAUUAUAUUAGAAUCGUAAGUACCAACACAAGUAACAUUUACAGUUUUUGCUUUUUCCAUCAAGAGACAAGGAAGCCCUGAUAGUGUGUUAACAUACCAAUUUUAUUAAAAUUAAUUAUGUGAAGGUCAUACCAUUUUAAUUAAAAUUAUUACAUUGAUUUGAACCUGGAAAUUUUAUGUGAAGUUAUCUUGAGCAUAUUCAUUUUUUAAGAAAAAAGAAGAAAGCUCUUGUCAUCUCUUCAGUUUUUUCUCUCCAGGUUUCUGUGAGCUUAUCUGAAUUCUAGCACUUUCAAACCUUUAAAAAGAGUAUUUUUCCUUUUUAAAUUCAGCCUUGUUUUGUUUGUAUGUUUUUAAUUUUGUACUUGAUAAUGUACAUGUAAGUGCCAUUAGUCUGAUGUGUAGAUUUUAUUAAUCUUUGUGUAUGUAUGUUUCUUUUUUUUUUUUUUAAGAAUAACAGUAUUUUUGAUAGACUCACUAAUAUCUUCCAUGCCCCUUCCUGGAGAAGAAGGCUGCUUUUCUCAAUUUACCAUUCAGUGAAUUUUAAGAAAAGCAGAAAAAAAAGAACUACAACAGCGUUGUUACAGCUCCUCAAACUCUAGGGAAACUACUCCCCACCUCAAAUCAAAUAUAAGUUGUGUCUUUAGAACUCAUGCAGUCUAAAGCAUUGGGAACAGAAGGCCAAAAUUCCAGAACCGUUUCUGUAAAAAUAGAAAAAAGAAAAAAAAACUUGAUUGUGGUCAAAUCCAACUUUAUUUGAAUUUUAAUCUUUAAAAAGAAAACCCUAUUUUGGUUACAGGUUGAGCUGAAAUAUAACACUGACUGCAUAUAUAUAUAUAUAUAUAUAUAUAUGGUUUUUAUUUUGAAAGCACUUUUAAUUUGUCUUGAUGUGUCAGGUAAGGGCUGAGUGGCACACAAUGCUGAAUACAGUUAGGGUCUUCUGUGCUGAGCUAACUUUGCACACUGAGAUAUGCCCUGACCAGUCAAUGGAACUAAACGACCAAGGACCUCUCUUGGUCAUGUCUCCAACAUCUGGUCAAAGAGUUAAACUGUUAUUUAAGUGAAAUAACUUCUUAAAUAGCACCUGUGACAUCCUCCAGCUUCAGCCUGCAAGUGCAGAUGCACUUCAGAAUAAGACUGAGUGGGACAGUUUGGGCCGUGACAGGUGAGCCUGUGUGAUUUAACGUGGAUGGCAUUGAAUCUCACAUUUUGCUCUCCUUCAUGGGGAUGGGUGGGGCAUGUCCUCAAAAUGUGCAACUCCGAGGGAUUGGGGCCCUCAAACAGGCAGAGCAUCUCAUUUUUCAGUGGUGCUGAUGGGAGGUGAAGUCCAGACAUGGUUUAAAUACACAGAGAGACCUGUGGACGUCACCUUCCAGCAGUGUCGCAGUGAAAUUGUGAUGUUCUGUUUAUCAAGCUCAUUCCUGCUCUUGGCCAUCUGUGGUUUGACUGAGCUGUAACUAGCUGUAGCUACACCUUGUUGUCAUGGUUCUGCCUGAUUUUUACCUCCUUUGUACCUACUAGUGCUGCACUUAUCCUCAAAUGUACUACACUAGUACAUUUUUCUGUACUAGUAGGUACAAGACACAAAGUUAAGGGAAUAAAAACAUGCAUCCAGGAAGAUAUAAAUCUGAUUAAAUACAUUUCUUUGCUUUAUGAUGAGAAACUGGGUACUGUCUAGUAUAGACAAAAUCCACAUGUAGUUUCAUAUAUUUUAGCUUAAUGUAAGUCUUGCAUUCCAAGCUCUUUAUGUAUCUUGUUUAGACAUAGUCAUUUUAUUUUUAGUAUUCUCUUGUUACCGGCACCUGCAAAAAAGGUGAAAGAAACAUAAAAGGAAUAUUUGCAUUCAUCCUACACUAUUUUAUAUAGCAUGGAGUUUGACUACAGGGAGAAUUGUACAAAAAAAAUGCUUCAGUGACAAAUUGUCUGCCUUUCUUGUGACACAUUUCACAUGCAAUCAGUUGCUGCAAUGUAAAAUGACAGAUGUGUAUAUUGGUUGAUCCAAAGAAAAGACAUUACAACAAACCUAUUUACUUAUUGUACAGUACAAUGUACUUUUGACUUGUAAUGUGUCAUGUUAAAUGAUUAAAAGACAAACCCACGGUUUCAUA